GGUUUAGGCGUGAUGGCCGGAACAGACACGUGCAGUGUAACGGCCUUUCUCUCAGGGGGUUCUUGCGCCUGUGGGAGAGAUAGGAUGUGAACGUUGGUGUUAACGCGCGUUAGGAACUAAUAAAUGCCCCAAGAGAGAGGCCUCCUGUGCUGUAGGAAGGAAUCUUUUAACUGAGCCAGUUGGCUACUUGGAAUCCUGUUUCUCAGCCAAGAAUGGUACUCCAAGGCAGCCAUCUGUUUGUAGCCAUUCGCGAGCUUGUUUGAGAAUUCGGAAGAGCGUCUUUAAUAAUCCUGAACAUUCCUUGAUGGGCUUAGAACAGUUUUCUCAUGUUUGGAUUUUGUUUGUUUUUCACAAAAAUGGUCAUUUGAGCUGUAAGGCAAAAGUGCAGCCUCCUAGGCUGAAUGGCGCAAAGACUGGCGUUUUCUCCACAAGGAGCCCUCAUCGUCCCAAUGCAAUAGGAUUGACUCUGGCCAAGCUGGAAAAGGUAGAAGGUGGAGCCAUAUACCUUUCUGGAAUUGACAUGAUUCAUGGCACACCUGUCCUAGACAUAAAGCCCUACAUAGCUGAGUAUGACUCACCACAAAAUUUGAUUGAACAUUUACAGGACUUUAAUUUACAGAAUAACCAAUAUAAGCACCCAAACACACCCCGGUCCAGUGGCAAGACUGACAGCUGUGACCAGCAACAGCUCUCAAGGUAUGAUAAACCACAACACUAUGGUCACACUGAGGAGAAACUUAAAUGUGCCGAAGACAGAACUUCAGGAGAAAACUAUAUGAAACGUGACAGCUCAACACAAAUCCGGCGAAACUCCCCUAAGCACAGAGAGAUAGUGGGAGAUUUGAGUGUCGAAUCCAGAAGUGAUCAGAGUCCAAGUGUGGCAGAAGAGCAAAUCGGCCCAUAUUUCCUGGAGAAGAGCUUCUCAGAGGAAGGUACAGAAAGGAGGCAAAGGAGAGGGAAAGAAGCAGUGAUUGCACAAGCAAGUAGUACAGAGGUCCAGCCUGUGGUCCUUCACUGCCGUCCCAGGAGGGCUGAUGCAGCCCACUGCAGCGUGGUCCCCGCGUGGGUGAGAGAGGCCCCUGUGGCCACCUUGGAAGUGCGGUUUACUCCUCACGCAGAGAUGGAUCUUGAGCACCUCAGUUCGGGAGGUGUACCGGAUGGCAGUCAGUCUUCAUUUAAAUAUUUUCAAUCAGCAGAGGAAGCAAGGCAUGCCAUUGAGGCUGUGCUGUCAGCUGACCCUCGGUCUGUAUAUCGACGGAAGCUCUGCCAGGAUCGCCUUUUCUACUUUACUGUAGACAUAGCGCAUGUCACUUGCUGGUUUGGUGAUGGCUUUGCAGAGGUUCUAAGGAUCAAGCCAGCUUCGGAGCCUAUUCAAAUGACUGACCCUACAGAGUCCUUGGUGUCUCUGGGAUCGUAAGUAGCCUCUAUCGUGUGUUUUAAACAGCCUAAUUGACUUUGGAUGGGGCUGUUGGAUUAUCUGUAUAAGCUAACAAUGUGCCGCCUUUGCAAAAAGAAGCAACACUUUGUGAUCUCAUUGCUUUGAUUGAUUUGGGUUGUUCAAAAUAUUUAUUUGAAAAACCUAUAUUUUAAUAAAGUGAGAGAUGUAAAAUUUAGAGAAAUUGCCAUAUGCUUUUCAGUUGGUUAAUGUUGAAGAAUCCAAAGGUGUUGAUGUCUCAUUGAUUUCUGAAAGAAGCUGAUUAUUCUUGGCACUUGGUAAAACUGGGCGGAGAGCAUUCUAGCAGGAACUUACAAGCUAAGGGGAUCUGUUCAGCAAUUCAUACUGGUUUUCUUGUCUGGAAUAGUUUGACCCCUCUAUUUUAUUUUAAAUCAAACUGAGUUAACAUUGUUUUAAGAAACUAACAGAUCUGGGGCACCUGGGUGGCCCAGUUGAUAGAGUGUCCGGUUUCGGCUCAGGUCAUGAUCUCACAGUUUGUGAGUUUGAGCCCCGCUCAGGCUGUGUGCUGACAGCUUGGAGCCUGGAGCCUGUUUCAGAUUCUGUGUCUCCCUCUCUCUCUGCUCCUCCCUUGCUUGUGCUUGGUUUCUCUCUCCUCUCUCUCUGUCUCUCAAAAAUAAGUAAACAUUAAAAAAAAAUAAAAAAAACGAAACUAACAGAUCGAACACAAGUGGUUGUAAAGAUUUUUAGAGAUUAAACCCCUGUAUAUCAGAGACUUUGGCCCACACACAUAUAUAUGUAUGUAGUAUGCAUAUAUUUAAUCCUGAUUCCAAAAUAGACACUCUGAAGUUUCUCUGGAUGUCUUUGUAUCAGAAAAGAAAGUCACUCCAGAGGUCCAAGAAAAUAACUUAAUUACCGGGUUCUUACUUAUUGUGUAUUUACUGAAAAGCUACUGUGGGUUAGGUUUUGGUGAUAAAAGGAGGUAAAAACAAGAUGCAGUGCUUGUUGCAAGUCAUAGUUAGGGGAGGAAGAAGACGUAACCACAUUAUUUUAUUACAGUUAGAUAAAUAUAGUAAUUAAGUCUGUUCAUGGUUCCUGUGUAGUACCAUGUAGGAAGUAGUUGUAAGACUGUAUUGCCUAUAGGUGAUUUUAAUGAUGUGAUCCCAGAUAACUGAAGAUUUAUGAUCAGCAUAACCAAAUUAGAUACCUGUCAACAUGAGAGGCUUUCCUAAUCACAACUGUAAAUCUUUUUUCUUUAAUUUUUUUUUAACGUUUAUUCAUUUUUGAGAGACACAGAGAGACAGCAUGAGUGGGGAAGGGGCAGAGAGAGAGGGAGACACAGAAUCUGAAACAGGCUCCAGGCUCUGAGCGGUCAGCACAGAGCCCGACAAGGGGCUCGAACUCAUGAACUGUGAGAUCAUGACCUGAGCCGAAGUCGGCCGCUUAACCAACUGAGCCACCCAGGCGCCCCACAACUGUAAAUCUUAAUAGCUGAUUGGUCAU